UUCCUUAUAUUCUCUCCUUCUUCUUCUUCGUUCCAACAACGGAUAACUUUACAGACUUGACCAUUGCCGAUCCCCAUUCCCCAAGAACAAGCAAAGCAAAGCAAAGCGAUCGAUUCCGAGAAGCAAGGAGCAGGAGGAUGAAGGCCUUCAAGAAGGAAUUCACCUUGGAGGAGAGGGCGAAUGAGUCCGCCGCCAUGAUCGCCAACUAUCCCGACAGGAUCCCCGUCAUUGUCGAAAGGUUUUCGAGGAGCAGUCUUCCAGAAAUGGAGAAGAGGAAGUACCUGGUUCCACGUGAGAUGCCGGUUGGGCAGUUCAUCUUUAUACUGCGUUCCAGGUUACAUCUGUCUCCGGGGACAGCACUUUUCGUGUUUGUGAACAACACUUUGCCACAAACCGCUAACCUGAUGGGGAGUGUGUAUGAUGUGUACAAAGACAAGGAGGAUGGAUUCCUCUACAUGUGCUACAGCAGCGAGAAGACAUUUGGGUCGUCUGCGUGCAAUUAGACUUAAGUCGUUGCUGUCAUCCAAUGUGUAUAGCGCCUUCUGUCUCUUAUUAAUGUUUACUACGAAGUACUUGAUUAGUAACUAAUCUAUUUUAGUUGGUUUCUCGAAAAAAAAAAGUGGUUGCGUGGAUGCAAAAUCUGUAUAUAUUGUUGUACUGUCACCAAACCAGAUUGAAUAAAAAUUAUUCCUUCUUGGCA